GAUACCUUCAAUAUUUGUUCAGCAUCAUGUGGAAGGCAGCGCUCUUGACCCUGGGCUUGUUGGUGGCUCUGGUAGACAGGGUGCGGCCCAAUGAUGGUCAUCCCUCUUUUUAUGGGGUGAAACUGUGUGGAAGAGAGUUCAUACGAGCUGUCAUCUUUACCUGUGGUGGUUCUCGCUGGAGGAGAAGCGCAGAAGACUCGGCAUUUAUUGGAGAAGAAACCUAUGAUCCAUGGAAGGCAAAUCCCAUCCCUCAACUUACAAGCGAGCAAGAUCCUGCAGAUUCCGAACCAUGGCAAAAUCCAGCGUUAGAUAUGGCAUCUGUGGCAGCAGGAUUCAGCCGCUCAGCUCGCUCACCGAUCACAGAAGAGGUACUGGAGGCUCUACGGAGUGCAGACAGGAAAGGACGGGACGUAGUGGUUGGACUGUCCAACGCUUGCUGCAAGUGGGGCUGCAGCAAGAGUGAAAUCAGCUCUCUCUGCUGAACUUCGAUUUUUCUAAAUAUACACCCUGUUCUGUUCAAAAUGAAGAACUUUACUCCCACACACAAUUUCUUAAAUGUUCACUUUCGUUCAACUACCUGUCCAUAAUGUGAAUGUGUUCUUGAUAU